CUCGAGCCGUGUCUGGCCCAGAGAGCCAGGGUCUGCCCCAGGGGCGCCGCGCCCGCCCCGUGCCAGGAGCGCGCGGUCCGACCGCAACCCCAAACCCCGACAGGCCCAUGCUCGCCCUCGCGGCGGCCCUCGCCGCCGCCGCAUCCGCCGUGGGAGCCCUCGGCGCCGCAGGCCCCCACGCCGGGGGCCCAGGCGCCGACCGCCUGUGCAGCCUCGGGGCCAGGCUGGCGAACCACAGCGCUGGCGCGGGGCGGACGUGGGUCAGCCGCGUGCCUGGCGGCCCGCCUGGCGUGCAGCUGGUCCAGCUCGGGGCGCAGCUCGCGCAUCGCAGCCUCCGGGCAUCGGCGGCGUGCGCCCCCGGGUCGCGGUGCGAGGUGCCCGCCGGCGCCGCGUGGGUGCUGGACGCCAGCAUCGACGUCGAGUCGCUCACCAUUCGAGGGGAGUUGAGGUGGGAUACGGCGAAGGACGGGCUGGAACUGCGCGCCUGCCACGUCAUGGUUGAGGACGGAGGCCUGCUCGAGAUAGGCACCACGGACGCGCCGAUGGAGCUGAGGGCCACCAUCUACAUCAAGCAGUGCGGGUCGCUCUCCGGACCCAUGGGCAGCCGCUUCGUCGGCAGCAGGGGCAGCUCCCGCAUCGAGAUACACGGCCGCCCCCUGGCGCGCACGAUGUCCCUGCUCUCCAGCGGUGCCGCCCAGGGCUCCUCGCAGCUGGCCCUGAAGCACGACCCGGGAGACAUGGGCUGGCGCGUCGGGGACCGCGUCGGCGUGGCCACCACGCGGGCCCGCCAGAGCGAUUCCAGCGAGCACACCAUCGUGGAGUUGCUGCCCUCCGGGCUCCGCGUGUCGCCACCGCUCCAGGCCGCACGGAUGGGCGGCAUGAAGGACGUCGAGGGGCAGCAGUUCGAGCUCGCUGCCGAGGUGGUGAACAUGGAGCGCUCCGUGCUCAUCACCGGGGACCAUCAGGACUUCCUCGCCACGCGCCAAGGACUGCACGUGAUGAUGGGGCCCGGCAGUGUGGGCGUGGUGCGUCACGCGAGGGUGGAGUACUGCGGCCAGAACGGCAUCAAGGGCCGCUACUGUCUGCACUUCCACCUGCUGGGGCAGUGCCCGGAGUGCAUUUUCCAGGGCAACGCCAUUGUCGAGUCCUUCCAGUCGGGCAUCACCAUUCAUGGGACCCACCGGACCACUGUCGACUCCAACGUCCUCUGGAUGAACAGAGGGGUCGGGAUCUACACGGAGGACGGGAACGAGAUGAACAACACGAUCAGCCACAACACAAUCAUAUGCCCUUACUGGGACGACUCGAAGCGCAGCGGGGGUCCCAGCGGUCCUUACUGCAUCGUAAAGGGCGCGAACGCAGGCGAGGGCGUGGGCAUCUACAUGGUUGGCGUGACUAACGACGUUAUCGGCAACCACAUUGUCGGUCAUCAGCACGGCCUCUUCACACCCGGCGGCCUCCACCACCUCGGCGAGGGGGAAGCACAUGGGAAAGUCUGCCCGAGGCACCUUCCAUAUGGGAUCAUGCGCGGGAAUGUCAAUCACGACAACUCCUACUUCGGCAUCUACCCAGACAACCAGUUCCCCCGGAACGUGGGCCCCCGUGACGAGAACGGCUACGUCAUCGACAUGCAGAGGUGCUGGCAGGAACUCACGCCCGAUGGUAGGGACAACGGGGUGGUCCCAGCGUCCGUGGUGGAGGACUGCCUAGACUACCACAACGAUUUCGUUGGCCAGUACACGGCCGGCGACAUCAUGUACCUGCGCUUCAAAGCGGUCGAUUGCAACACGGGCAUGUAUUGGAAGCGGUCGAAGAACUUCGCCGACCCGACCGCCGUACACAUCCGCGACUCCGUCUUCGCGGACACCACCGCUCGGCUCCCCGGGGGGGCCUUCACCUUCACCAUGGAGGGCGUGACCCUGGCUGGACGGGCGCAGCUACAUUCCCCCCAGCACUGCUUCGGCAGCCCCGACCUGGGCGGCCCCCUCCAGGGCAUGACCUGCAACGUGCAGAACCACAUGGUGGGCCUGGACUCCACGACGCACAUGUACGGCUGGGUCAGGGACAGUGGUGCGCAGGUGAUCAGCUUCGGCAGCAGCGGCGGCGAUCCGGUCCGGAUCCUGUGGGUGGCGGCCGACGAGUCUCUGGACGGCUACGGAGCGAUUGUCAGCCCGCACCUCAACGGCUUCGCGCUCGUGCCUGGAUGCCAGGGCCCCCUCAGCAAGUGGGGUGGAGGUUUUGGCUGCGCGAAGACCACUCCGGUUCGCCGCUUGAACAUAUUCGGUCCCAAUUUCGGGCGCAUCACCAUUCGCGGUCCUGGCUAUGAAGGUGUCAGUCGUGACGACUCCGAGCCUACAUUCGGCAUGAACGUCGGCAGCCUCUGGUGGAAUCCCCCCUUCCACGACCCCAGCCGCACAUGGAACAAUCAGGGCAGCUAUGCGGCCCCUGUGGUUGCUGGGGCUAGCUACACUGUGGAAGGUCUCAGGUGGCUACCAGACGCCGGCCAGCCUGGCGACAUCAUCAUCGAGUUCUCAGACCCCCACGCGUCGCAGAGCUUGGGCAACGCCGCCGAGGCCGUGACCCUCACCCUGGUCACCGACCGGGGCCGAGUCUCCUGCAUAGCCGCCGCGGACUCGGACCGGCGCUUCUUUGCCAGCGGCCAGACAGGGCCCGAGACGGGGGCAGCCCUGGGAGACUGCGGGCAGAAGUUCCGCUUGUUGGCUGGGCAGGCGGAGGCGACCACUCUGGAGCGGGCCCACCGACGGCGCCGGCGCCAGUACGUUCCGGUGCAGCACGGCGCUGUGGAGCCUACACUGCCAGAAGAGGUCUUGGGAGUAGCGGUGCUGGUACCUUUUGGUCUCCCCAGAAGGGGGUUGCGACGCCCCUUGCAAUUACAAUGGUGGCUCGCAUUCGUGCCGCGGUCGCAUCAGCUGGCUGGUCGAGCACGGCGGCAAGAGUGCGGCGGCGGCCACGAGCCAGGUCAACGAGGAGUGCAGCGGGCAGUGCUCCUGCCAGGCGCCAGAGCCCUCCGCCACAUCUACGCCAGCACCGACUUCGGGCAUCACGCCAGCGCCCACAGCAGCACCUUCCGCGACAUCUACGCCAGCUCCGACUUCGGCAACCACGCUGGCGCCGACAGCAGCUCCUACGUUGGGUGGAGGCUGCGACCUCCCUUGCAACUAUCCCAGGCGGACAAUGGUAGCUCGCAUUCGUGCCGCGGUCGCAUCAACUGGCUGGUCGAGCACGGCGGCAAGAGUGCGGCGGCGGCCACGAGCCAGGUCAACGAGGAGUGCAGCGGGCAGUGCUCCUGCCAGGCGCCAGAGCCCUCCGCCACAUCUACGCCAGCACCGACUUCGGGCAUCACGCCAGCGCCCACAGCAGCACCUUCCGCGACAUCUACGCCAGCUCCGACUUCGCCGAGCCCCACAGGCGGUUGCGACGCGCAGUGCGAGUACAGCGGGAACAUGAUGUACGGUGGUUCCGACUCGUGCCGGAACCGUGUCGAGUGGAUCCUGAGCAACGGGCAGCCGGUGCAGCUGUCGUACGAGAUCGUCAACGAAGCCUGCGCCGGCCAGUGUGCGUGCGCACUUCCGGCCGCAUCUACGCCAGCACCGACUUCGGGCACCACGCUGAUGCCCAUGGUGCCACCUACGUCGGGUGGAGGCUGCGACGCGCCUUGCGACUACAAUGGUGGCUCGCAUUCGUGCCGCGGUCGCAUCAGCUGGCUGGUCGAGCAUGGCGGCGAGAGUGCGGCGGCGGCCACGAGCCAGGUCAACGAGGAGUGCAGCGGGCAGUGCUCCUGCCAGGCGCCGUCGCCGAGCCCCACAAGCGAGUGCGACGCGCAGUGCGAGUACAGCGGGAACAUGAUGUACGGGGGUUCCGACUCGUGCCGGAACCGUGUCGACUGGAUCCUGAGCAAUGGGCAGCCGGUGCAGCUGUCGUACGAGAUCGUCAACGAGGCCUGCGCCGGCCAGUGCGCGUGCGCACCUCCGCGGUAGCGCCGGCCGGGCACUGGCGGGGCAGGCCGGGCGGGGCAGGCCGACGGCAGGUCGGCUGCGGCACAGGCCGGCGGAGCGCACGGGCAGGUCGGUCCCUGGCGCGGGAGCCACCGCGGUGCGCGCGCCCCCGCCUACAGCGCGUCGAGGGGGUGCGCCGCACAGAUCCGCGCGUGGCUCUGCAGGGCCCGCCCCGCCGCCACAUGCGCGGCGGGGCCCCACGGCGCGCUCCACGGGCUGCGCGGCCGCGCCGCGAAGCGGGACCAGCUGCGGCGAGACCCACAGAGGGCAGCCCGUACCCCAUCGCUCGUGGAAAGCAGGUGCGGACGCCCAGAUCCCGGUCUGCUUCUUGGCGCCCUCCUGUUGCCAAGGCCUAGGAUGGCGGUGGUGGUCAUCUGCCGUUUCCAGAUGCUGAGGAGCACCAUCCUUUAUCGGUUGAGUUGAUGGUGUGUUCUGGACUGGCGCCUCGUACAGCCCUGCGAGCUCGUACAGCCCUGCUGCGCAGAGCCCCCGCGCGGCGACCUCCGAGACGGGGAACGUGCGCUUUGCGCGGGGUGGAGGUUGCCUUAGUCGAUACACAAGCCGGCUGUGCAGGAGUAUGCCAGAGUAUCUUCGCGGUCGAGAAAA